GCUGAUUCUUAUAGACAUAGUACUCUGAAUUUGAAGUACGCAAAUCGCCCCAUUGAUAGUCACAACGAUUUUCAGCACAUUUUACCUUCAAAUCCCCUUUUCUAUUUUUUUUCCUUGUUCUCCAGCACUUUAUUCUUUUGUUACCGAUACAUUAAUCACAACAAUAAAAAAACGGCAACCGGCAUUUAGGAAAAAGUACUAUAAAAAGCGGAUAUACCAAACUCUUUAUAUCAAGCGCGUCCAUUAUACACCAUGUCCACACCUAUAACGAACGCAACGCCUCCAAUUAUGACCAACGUAACAACCCCGGGAUCACAUUCCUCGCCAACACCAACUCACCAUCAGUCGCCACAAAUUCCAGUGUCUCAUCACCAAAGAAAAGAAGUUGCUGUUGUCUUUGUUGUGGACGGUACUGCUCGAAUGAAGCCACAUUUCAAUGUUCUUUAUGAAGCCUAUGUUGAGCCAAUCAUAAAGCAGUUGAGAUUACCAAUUGUGUCCGAAGGAGACGAUGGACAAACGAAAAUUAAAGUCACACCUGUUUUGAAAUAUGGACUUGUUGUAUUUGGAGAUUAUGAACCUUUAUCGAUUGUUACUGUAGACCGAAAAUACUUUACUUCGGAUCCAAUUUUAUUUCAGGAUGUAUUUAAAAGCAUAUCAUGUCAACAUGGUGGUAUCAUUAAGAAUGCUGUUAAUGAAGGCAUGGUAGCUGCUUUAGAGUUGUUUGAUAAGUACAAGGAAGAGUUAGACGGAAGAGAGCUUAUACAACAUUGCGUUUUAUUGUCGAAUAGCAUGCCUUAUAAAAUUGGCGCCAAAUGCAAUUUCGCAGAUAAAUAUGAUGGAUUGAAAUUGGAUGAUAUUGGAAAAGAAAUGAAAAGGGCAAACAUAAAACUUUCGCUGAUCUCACCAAAGAAGGAUUGUAAAGAAUUAGAGGAUAUUGUAUCUUUAGUAAACGAUCAAAAAACAGAACUCAACACAAUUGCUGAAACAGCUAUCCCUUCCCAUCUGGUUAAAUUGGCAGGAUUUAAAUUACCUGUUGCACCUCUACCUUCCGCUGUUAUAGAUGCCAAUAAGAAUACACAACCUGCUUUAAAUUCAAGGCCAUCUAUUGGAUCACCACAAUCUACAUCUAGUGAUUCCAGUAAAAAACGAAAAAGAGAUAGUUUACAGAUUAGCUUACCAAAGCCUGUAUUCGAUGCUACCAAAUUAGCCGAAGCGAGUGCUCGUGUCAAUUCUCAAAUUGCUCAAAAGCAACAGGCUGCUCUCAAAAAAGAUAUUGUUGUGAAAAAUGAAAUGAUUCCUUCACCUGUACUUGCAGACCAACCUAUUGUUGUGAACACCCCUCCCAAGUCAUCUCCCAUGAUACAGGCACAGCAACAACACCAAAUACAACAACAGACUCCUCCCCAACAGAUGCAAUUGACUGCUCAACAGCUUCAAAUACAGCAACAACAGCAACAACAACAGUUGCAGCAGUUGCAGCAACAGCAGCAACAGGCACAACAGCAAGCGCAACAAGCACAGCAACAACAGCAAGCGCAACAGCAACAGUCCCCACAACAGCUUUUGCAAUUGCAGCAACAACAACAAGCUCAACAACAAGCCCAACAGCAACAACAGCUGCAACAGCAAUUACAACUGCAACAGAUGCAACAAGCCCAGCAGCAGCAGUUGCAAUUACAGCAACAAGCUCAACAGCAGGCUCAAAACCAACAGCAACCACAACAAGGUCAACCACAGAGACCUCAAGGUGCUCAAUCUCUCGCAAGUCGCAUGCAAAACCCUAUUCAACUUCAACAGUUUCUUUUACAACAGAGAAAUGGGCUUAUCGCUCAAGGGGCAAACCUUACCGCGGCGCAACAAAGUCAAUUACAGAGUAUUCAAGCCGCUCUUUUGAAGUUGGGCGAUCAACUUCGGCGCUCCUCAGCGGCUGGUGGGACUGGUCAACCGGGAGGGUUAAAUCCAGCUACAUCAACCCCACCCACUUCAUCGCCUUUUGCUCAAAACAAUGCUGCUGGCAUGCAAGUUAGACCAAAUACACCAGAUAUGACGGCUGGAGCAAAUAAUAAUGCUAAUGCUUUGAUGCAAAAUCAAAUACAACAACAACAGCAACAACAACAUCAACAGCAGCAUCAACAGCAGCAGCAGCAUCAACAACAGCAGCAACAACAUCAACAGCAACAUCAACAGCAACAUCAACAGCAGCAGCAACAACAACAACAGCAGCAGCAGCAAGCACAACAACAACAACAACAACAACAACAACAACAACAGCAACAACAACAGCAACAACAACAACAACAGCAGCAACAACAACAACAGCAGCAGCAGCAGCAGCAACAACAGCAACAGCAGCAGCAGCAGCAGCAGCAGCAACAACAACAGCAACAACAACCACAACAGCAAAAUGGGCAACACCCACCAAUGUAAUUAGUCAAGACACUUUUUUAUUUUAAUUUUUUUUUUUUACACAAUUUACAUUUGUCCACAUUCUAUCAAUACCAAAAAUAAAAGUUAGAAUCCAUUUGAGCUUUUUUUUCCUUUUAAAAGGAUA